CAUUGCAUUCUGUCAAUGGAUAUUGAAUUUUUUCAUUGUUUCAUUGGUAAUAAGUGCAUCGAUAAAGUGUUACAGUGUAAUGGUAUUACAGAUUGUCCUGAUGGAUCAGACGAAAAAGAAUGUGGUCAUGAUUGUUCAGAAAAGGAGUUUAGGUGUGACGAUGGUACUUGCAUUGAUAAGUCAUUCCAUUGUGAUCAAGAGUUUGACUGUAAAGAUCAAAGUGAUGAGAUUGGCUGUGAUACUAAAAUUCACCGUAAGGAAACUAAACAUGAAAAACCGGAAUCAAAAUCUGUGGCUUUUCAACUACAAAUCAAUAUUCAACAGUGUCUAAUAACGUCAAUCACCAUGAAAGGAGAAAACACAUCGUGUAAACGUCAUUCACCAUUUUUCACUAUUAACCAUUGUUUAUUAACAUUUUUGGUCAUUAUUUUAUCCAUCAAUCGUUCCCAUGCUUUUCGGUUCUGGUGGGCUGGAUCAGAGCCUGUCACUUUCAUCACUCAGCCACCAGAAGAUAUGACAUCUCCUACUGGUGAAUAUUACACUCCACCUCCAUUUGAUUUUUCUACAGUUAACAGACCCCAAAAAGUUAUCUGGUCCACUGAACUUCCUGAAAUUUUUCACACAAGGCCACCUUAUCUCACUGUGACACCAGAAGGAGCUCAAAAGAUAUUCGAAGUUUCUGGUGAAUUAGUUUCUUUGAAAGAUGAUACCACUAGACCAUCAGUGAAUCAUUGGCCUACUUAUCCACCUUUUACCACUGACAAGGCACCAGAGGAAAAUACACAGAUAUUUGGAGAUGCUGGCAGAAGCAAUGAGUCUCCUCCUGAAGCUGUUACCGAUAAGCGAACACAAGAAAAUCGCUCACAAUUUGUAAAUCGUUAUUCUAAAUGGUCUAAAGCUCUGAUUUCUAAUGACACUUUCACAGCUUUUCCCACUGAGACAACCGCAGAAAAUCGUGAGAUAUUCAGCGAUUCAUCUACUGAAGACGUUACUGAUAUGCCACCCAAAGAUUUGAUCUGGUUACCUGGAAGAUUAACUACUACCAGCACUGCUGAAUCUACAGUUCAAUCGCAAUUCUCUUAUGACGUUUUGCUGCCAACUUCAACAGAAGAUGAUUCAAAGAUAUUUGAAGAUGUUACCCCUGAACCUUCAGUAGAGAAUCCCUGGCCAACUGUGAACUGUCAUGCCGAUGAAUUUAGUUGUCUCUCGAAAAGGUUGUGUAUUAGACCGCAUUUGGUUUGUGAUGGAAUCAAUGAUUGUGAUGAUGAAUCAGAUGAGAUUUCAUGUCCAAUAAUUGAUCCAGCGCAUGAUUGUAGGAAUGGCGAAUGUCCUCGGUCAUUCGAACGUGACCCAAGUCCACCUCGAUGUGAUAAAUGGGAAUGGAAAAAUAUAGCAUGCAAACAUCACAAAGGAAAAGUACCUUUGAUCAUCUUUUCCACACUGAAUACCUUGUAUGAGGCUAAUUUACCAGAAGACCGUGCAAAAAUACAUGUAAACAAGUCACUUCAAUUUGAUUUGAGUGGAAUAAGUGCUUUUGAUUACGAUAAUUUCGACGAUCUUUUAAUUUGGUUAGAUAAGGGUGCAAACAAGAUAUUUCGGGCAGCAUUUCUUCAAAGAUUUUUUAAGAUGGUAAUAAGCUUUAACGGAAUUAAAAUUAAUUCUGCAAUCCUCGAACGCGACGUAUAUGCUCAUGGGGCUUAUAAAGUUCAUGUAUUUGUUUAUGAUUGGAUGAAAAAAGCUAUAAUCUGGAUUGAUGACUAUGAAAUCAGAUCAAAAAAAUUUCUGAGAGUUUGGUACGAGAGUCCGACUGAACUUUACCGUACUUUGGAUCCUUCUUAUGAUAGACCUGGAUCUAUCACUAUCGAUGUCAAGAAACGUUGCAUCUUUUGGACAAAUAUUGGUGCCAAUCCAAACAGACCUUUUGGUUUUACUAAGUACAUUGAGCGAAUCGAUAUGAGUGAUGAACCUAGAACCGAAAAAAUCGUUGAAUCGAACAUCUUUCGGCCAGUUGGUUUAGCCGUUGACACUAAAAACACCAAAGUCUAUUGGAUUGAUGGCUUAUAUGGCACGUUGGAAUCGAUCGGAUAUGAUGGAACCAAUCGCAUCAUUCUGUAUAGAUCUUUGCCCUUCAUGGAUGAACUCAUAUCAAUGGACAUAUUUACAAAUUAUUUGUACUUCACUGACAAGGCAAACAGUACAAUCCAACGUGUCAAUAUAAACAAUGCAGUCAAAAAAGUUGAUACAUUGGUAUCGGCACCUAAUGGUCUACCUACAUGCGUUAGAAUAAUUGACCCGAGUGAACAAUCUUUGUAUUAUUUCGGCAAUAAUAAAGUAGUGACGACAUAUCGUUUCUGGCGAUCAAUAGUGUAUGAACCUUGUCCCGGUGAGUUUGAGUGCCAUUCGCAAAGGUUAUGUGUUAGAUACGAUUUGCUUUGUGAUGGAAUCAAUGAUUGUGAUGACGGCUCAGAUGAGCUUACUGUAUGUGAAGGUAUACCGCAAAUUUUAAAAGCAGAUUUUAUUUGCGGGAAUGGUGAAUGUCCUCGGUUAAACGAUCUUGACCCAAGUCCAUCUCGCUGUGGUCAAGGAGAUUUUAGAAAUGCAGCAUGUAGACAUCACAAAGGAAAACCUUUGAUCGCCUUUUCCACAACGAAUGCCUUGUAUGAGACUAGGUUACCAGAACGUCGUGAAAAAAUACAUGUAAACAAGUCACUUCAAUUUGAUUUGAGUGGAAUACGUGCUUUUGAUUACGAUAAUUUCGACGAUCUUUUAAUUUGGUUAGAUAAGAGUUUAGACAAGAUAUUUUGGGGAAAAUUCAAUCAGACUGAUAAAGUUGAAAUGCUUGGGUGUCAAGUAUCUGUUAAUAAGACAUAUAUGAUUCAUGAUUUCGCUUAUGAUUGGAAGAACCAAGCUAUAAUCUGGAUAGAUAGAUAUGGAAUCAGAUCAAAAAGAUUGUAUCAUGAGAUGGAGCAACCUAAACUUUACCGUACUUUGGAUCCUAAUUAUGAUUACCCUGGAUGUAUCACUAUCGAUGCCAAGAGACGUUUAAUCUUUUGGACAAGUAGCGAUACCGAUCCAGGCAGAUCUAUUGAUUAUCCUAAGUUCAUCGAGCGAAUCGAUAUAAGUGGUGAACCGAAAACCCAAAAAAUUGUUGAAACGAACAUCUUUGAUCCAGUUGGCUUAGCCCUCGACACUAGACAAAAAAAAGUCUAUUGGUUGGAUAGUGUAUUUGGUACGAUGGAAUCGGCCGGAUAUGAUGGAACCAAUCGUAUCAUUUUGUAUAAAUCUUUUCCCUUCAUGGGUGCACGCAUAUCAAUGGACAUAUUUUCAAAUUAUUUGUACUUCACUGAUAAGGAAAACGGUAAAAUCCAUCGAAUCAAUAUAAACAGUGCAGUCAGUAAAGUUGAUACAUUGAUAUCGAAAUGUGAUGGAACAUCUGAUUGUAAAGAUGGUUCCGAUAAAAAAUGUUUGCAUCAUGAAUGUGAUAAAAAGUUAUUUAAAUGUACAAAUGGUAAAUGUAUUCCCAAAAAUUGGCUUUGUGAUUCAGAAGAUGAUUGCAGUGACAAAUCGGACGAAGUAAACUGUAAAAUCACAUGUCCACCUUCCAAGUUUUGUCUAAUAACAUCAAUCACCAUGAAAGGAGAAAGCAAAUCAUGGAAACGUUAUUCAUCAUGUGACACCAUAAAUCAUUGUUUAUUAACAUUUUUGAUCGUUAUUUCAUGUGUCAAUUAUUCUCAUGGUUUUGGGCAUUGGGAGCCUAGUGUCAGGGCUAGAGUUUCUAAAGACCACCAAGAGCCACCAGAAGAGAUAUUUGAAGAUGCUGCUAGAGAGUUUCUUCCUCGAGAUGAUACCAAUAAGCCGUCACGAGAGAAGUUCCAGUCAACUUUGCUUCGUGAGACGUCAGCUAAAAGCUCACAAAAAGCUGUCCAGUAUCCUCAUGAAAGAUCUUCACGGCUUACUGAAUUUGAUACUUUGCCAGUCUAUAACGACGCUCUCAAGACACCAGAGGAUAAUUGUCUGAGAACUGUAGAUGAUGGAAUUGCUCCAAACUAUGCCUCCGGUUGGUCAUCAGUACAGAAUGUUUGGCCAACUGUUAACUGUGAUGUCAGUGAGUUUAGUUGCCACUCCAAAAGGUUGUGUAUUAAACCGCAUUUGGUUUGUGAUGGAAUCAAUGAUUGUGAUGAUGGAUCAGAUGAGUUUGAAUGUGAAAGUGCAACUCAAACUAUUAGUCCAGAUUUAAUUUGCGUGAAUGAUGAAUGUCCUAGGUCAUACAAACGUAACCCAAGUCCACCUCAAUGUACUGAAUGGGAUCCUAGAAAUGUAGCAUGUAGACAUCACAAAGGAAAUGUACCUUUGGUCGUCUUUUCCACAUUGAAUGCCUUGUAUGAGACUAGUUUACCAGAGGAUCGUUCAAAAAUACAUUUAAACAAGACACUUCAACUAAAUCAGACUGGAAUAAAAGCUUUUGAUUACGAAAAUGUCGACGAUGCUGUGAUUUGGUUAGAUACGAGUGAAAACAAGAUAUUUAUCGCAAAAUUUUGGCAAAACUACUUAUUUAAAGACUCAAGCAAAAUUGGUAAUAUUGAAAUCCAUGAGCGUCGAGUGGCUGUUAAUGGGACACAUAAAAUUCAUGGAUUUGUUUAUGAUUGGAUGAACGUCGCUUCAAUCUGGAUUGAUGAUUAUGGAAUCAGAUCAAAAAAAAUUCGGAAAUUUUUCGUUGUGAUGGAUAAAACUAAACUUUACCGUACUUUGGAUCCUUCUUUUGAUAGACCUGGAUCUAUCACUAUCGAUGUCAAGAAACGUUUCAUCUUUUGGACAAAUAUUGGUGCCGAUCCAAACAGACCUUUUGAUUUUCCUGUGUACAUCGAGCGAAUCGAUAUAAGUGGUGAACCUAGAGCCCAAAAAAUAGUUGAAACGAACAUCUUGCGUCCAGUUGGUUUAGCCAUUGAUGCUAAAAACACCAAAGUCUAUUGGAUUGAUGGUUUAUAUGGUACAUUGGAAUCGGUCGGAUAUGAUGGAACCAAUCGUAUCACUUUGUAUGAAUCUUUGCCCUUCAUAGAUGAACUUAUAUCAAUGGACAUAUUUUCAAAUUAUUUGUACUUCACUGAUAAGGCAAACAGUACAAUCCAACGUAUCAAUAUAAACAAUGCAGUCAAAAAAGUUGAUACAUUGAUAUCUGUACCUAAUAGGCCACCUACAUGGGUUAAAAUAAUUGAUCCGAGUGUACAAUUUUCGACUUAUUUUCCGAUCUAAAAGUAUCGACGAUCGGCGAUUUAAGAUUUAGAUGAUAUAAGUUCAGCUAAUGGACCCUAAUUUACUCUAUAUAAUGACCUUUCUCUGUCCAGUUCAAAGGGAUUUGAUCGAUGUAUGCAAAAGACUAAUUAAAAAUAAAAUUUUUUGUUCAAAUAAA